AUGCGCCUCAAAGAUUACUAUCACAAACCGAAGGAACAGGAAUCAUCGCAGACCCAUGUAAACAUUGAUUUACAGGAUCAAUAUACAACACGCUUUAGACCUAAAUCUAAUUUUGAUCCACAGACCCAUAAAGCCUCAAUUAAGACAUUUCUCUCCACUGUGGAACGACUUACUCAAGAAACAAUUCAAAAUCAUAAGGUCAUUAGGAGGAAUAUCUCCUUAUCACAGAUGAAGAGUAUCAAAAAUUUGGCAGAAGACCCUACUAUUGUCAUUAGAUCUGCUGACAAAGGGGGAGGCAUUGUGGUCAUGGACUAUAUAGAUUAUGCGGGAGACAUAAGACGACAAUUACAAGAUGCUAAUGUCUACCAACAGUUAAAUGGCGAUCCGACAAACAAAAUUGCAACAACGAUAGACAAUAUCUUAUUAAUGGGACUUGAAGCAGGAUUUAUAGAUCUACAGCUAUAUAAUUUUUGUAUUGAAAAGAAAUCCAAGGAUUCCAAUCAUAUACAGUAUACCAAAGGUGCACAAUGAUCCUGUUAAGCCACCAGGAAGACCUAUAGUGUCAGCGAUUGGAGGGAUUUUAGAACCGAUCGCGAAAUGCCUGGAUUAUCUGUUUCAAGCACCUACAGCUGAAAUACAAACCUGCCUCAGGGAUACACCGACACUUAUAUCUAAAAUGAAUUCACUUGACUUCGGUAGGGACCCCAUAAUUUUGAUCACGAUGGAUGUGAGAAAUUUCUAUACGGUAAUCCCACAUGAGGAAGGAAUUGAGGCCAUGAGAGAAACACUUUUCUGCUGCUGCCACUAUGUAUCAAGGACCACCAAUAGAAUAUGUGCUAGAAUUGCUCUCAUUAAUGCUUAAAAACAGCUACUUCAGGUUUGAGGAGGACUGUUUUUUACAAGUUGCAGGUACGUCCAUGGGGGCAGCGAUGGCCCCUAUGUAUGCCAACUCUUAUAUGUAUAUUUAUAAGAAAAAUCACAUCUUCUCCAAAUUCAACCAUCUUAUUACGGCAUACUUUCGAUACAUCGACGAUUUGUUGAUUUUUUUGGAAAGGUACAGAAUUGGAAGCGCAAGAAAUGGAUCAAUAUUUGAAUGAACUAGAUACCCCAAUCAGAUUUACAUCAAAUAUUAGCGCACCCACUAUUCAAUACUUAGAUUUGGAAAUAUCCGUCAAAGAACAAGACAUUUCAUACUGUCUGUAUAAUAAAGACACAGACCGGAAUACAUUGUUGCACAAUAAAAGUGCACAUCCAAGAAUGCUGAAAGAAUCACUGCACAAAGCGCAAUUUUUGAGAGUUGCACGUAAUAAUUCGGAUAAACACAAGAUGGAGGAACAGAUAGAGGAGAUGACACAAAAAUUCCUUGAAAGAGGCUAUCGACAUCAGGAGUUGCUUAAGGCACAUGCCAAUAUGCAAGUUAGGAAGCCACCAGCAAUGGUAUUCCCAAUGUCCUACAAUGAUGCUUCACCUAAAUUAGCCAAAAUCAUCAAACUAAAUUGGAAGAUGCUGGCAAGCGACGAUACCGUGCCCAAAGUGUUCAAAGAAAGUCCAUUGAUUGUUUCAAAAGGAAUAAAACAUUAA